AUGUCUUCCAUCAGCAGCUCCACUCUCCCGCCAUCAUCCAUCACAGAGUUCUGCUUUCAUCUCAGUAUGGAGGACCCAGAUGCGCGCAAAAAGCUCUUUGAGAAGAUCUCCAUUCUUUCCCGUAUUCUUGUCGACCUUGACAAUCUGGAUAUUCAAAAUGAAGCCGCCAAAGAAGGAAUUCGUGCAGCCCGUGAUGCACUGCUUUCUAUGAUGGUCUCUCCGGGUGCUCUGAUAGAUAUGAGGUCUGCGGUGGAGACAGCCGCAUCUCCGCCAGCCAUUAUCCCUGGUGGGAGUGCUGCAGAUAGUCAGGAGCACCAGGCUACAGUAUUCGAUGACACUCUGCCAGCCGGUUCCACUGAAGAUGAGCCGGUGCACCCAGCCCUAGUAGGUUUGAGCUGGUCAUUCCUCGAUCUAAUCCAAGGUGAGCACGCACCCACCUCCGAACCCGACGAAGGGCUUGAGAUUCUACUGGGUUAUCUUGAUGAACAACAUCCUGGUGCAGACGAUUCGGACAGUGUGUCCUUAUUCUCUAUUGGAGACCGAUCACACUGCACACUGGGAAUGGGGCCCUCUGGAGCUCGACAUGAAUGCCCUACCGCAAUAGUUAACCAUGUCUCUAACACAGUUUCAGCCAUCGAGCCUGCUUAUCCUGUUGCUCCUCCGCCCUCGGCUGAACAAGAAAAUGAUCAAUUUCUAGGAGGUGAUUCCAGUGCCGAGGGAUUUGCCAAUCUUUCUUUCGAUUUUGUUGACAAUCCCGGCGGGAAUGCCACUGAAGAUCUCGGCGGCCUUGAUAACGGCUGGAACAACGACGCACUAAAUCUUGCUUUCGAUCCUGAUAAUACCGAGGAUGUGGGCCUGUAUGGAAGUGUCAAUCUUGACCUUACGAAGGGUGAGAUUGAAGCCAUGCUGGACGAGGCUAUCGCAUUUUCCAAUCAGGUGCUUGGCCCCCUUGCUGGCAGUGGUUCCGUACCUGCUAGUGACCCUUUCGCUCCCGGAUCGGUCCAGACCCAUUCACCCAAAGGUUACACACAGCACAAUAGGUUGGAUGACGGCAAAAUAAUUACCAAGAACAGCCCUUUUAUGAACACUGGGUUCAAUCGUAGUACCCUUGGUUUUUCUGGUAAUGCCGUCCAGAAGACUCCGGAACCGAUUCCCAAUCUUCAGGCUCCCGGAAAUACGGCUCGUGACCCUAUCGUUCUUGAUCUCGAUGACCACCAACCAGCGAACAACCGUCUUCAAGCUUCUCCCGCUACCCGUCGUGGCGGACCAUACACACAACAAAUGAGUAUCAACGGCCGCUCUGUGACAGUCCCACGCGGCCGCGCUACUAGCCUUCCCCACUCCUGGACCGCCCAGCGCUCACCCUACGGAGGUCCUCCUCGGAUUCCGUCUGAUACCCUGCCGCAGUAUGUCGCCACCACUACGAGGGAUUAUUCAUUGGAGGGGCGGCUCGCGGCCAGAACGCGCAGGAGGCAGAUGGAGAUGCACAUCGAGAGGAUCGCUGAGGAGAAUAGGAACCAGGGUAGGUCUGGUUAG